AUGGCAGCGGUGAAAAACCCUAGCCAACAGCAAAAGAAUGCAGAAGAACCCUGUAGUAACUUAUCACCCAUCCUUUUGAAGAGGCUGGUGGAGGAGCCCAAGAGAAGAGGAGAAGUUCCUAAUCACCUCCUGGAAUCCAAGGUUUAUGCCAAGCUUGUGAACAAUAAGGUCAUCCAGGCGAAGCCUGGCAUAGUACAUUUUGGAGGCUAUCAAGUAGGAAAAAAGCACAAGCAGAUUCUGCACCUGGUCAAUGUUUCUGACGAAGACACACACGUGCAUAUUUUACCCCCACAGACCAAAUUCUUUCAAAUCAGCUAUGAGAAGAAGGAGCACCGCCUCGUCCCUGGCUUGUCUCUCAUGAUCACUAUUACAUUUUCUCCAAAUGAGUGGCGAUAUUAUUAUGAUUGCAUCCGUGUUCACUGUAAGGGAGAUGACACCUUGCUUGUUCCUAUCCAUGCCUACCCUGUCAUGAACAACCUGGACUUUCCCACAUUUAUAAAUCUAUCAAAUGUCCUGCUUGGUGAGAGCAAUUCCUAUGUGAUCCCCUUGCAGUGCAGCUGCCCUGUGGACUUCGAGUUCCACAUCACCUUACUUCAGGCUCAUCGGGCCUUUUCUAUUGAGCCAAUGUCAGGAAUCAUUCCAGCCAAUGGGAAGAUGAAUGUGACCAUUACAUUCACGCCCUUCCAGUAUGGGACAGCACAAAUAAAAAUGCAGUUGUGGAUUUCACAGUUCAACUCUCAGCCGUAUGAGUGUGUCUUCACCGGAACCAGCUACCCCAACAUGGCCCUACCAUUAGAAGAAUUUAAAAGAUUAAAUGUUCUUUCUAAUAAAGUAAAAGUUCCUCCAGAAAAAACAAUGAUGCAUGUAAAUUUUCGCCGGUUACCACCAAAGACAGUGCCUCCAAAGUUGAAGGAAAUUGAGUACCAAAACUUGAGGUUUCCAGCUGACCUAUCAAAUCCAUUUGCUGUGGCAACUGUUCUGAACCAAGAACCAGGAAAACUGAAGAUUAAAGAAUUAAGAGAAGUUUUGGACCAAGGCACUGAGAUUUCCAAAACAAAACAGAUGAAGGAGGCACUCUUCGAACAAAAAGUCAGACAGGAUAUCCAGGAAGAGACAGAAAAUCAUCUUAAGUGGCAGGUGCACCUUGGUAAAGAACCUAUGUCUUUUAAAUUUAGAAAAGAGUUUGCUGAGGAGUGGCAAAGCUCAUGGAACAAAUAUCAGCUAGAUAAAGGAGAUCCUAUUGUGGAAGAGGAAUUACAACGGCUCAAGACAGAAGUUAGCCAUAAACGGGUAGUUCGAGAUCUACAAGAUAAUCCCAACCCAGGAUUGUUUCCCAUGAAGCACCCACUGACCUACUCAGAGACUUUAAUAGAUUACCAUGUGUGCUCUCACCCCAAGUACAAGUUCAUGCAGGAGUGCCACGAGGGGUCCAGCAUUCCACUCACCCAGAAGCAGUUUCUCCAUCACACGGACAUUAUCCCUGGAAUCAUGCACUGGAAGAAGUUCCAGCCCGUGGUGCUCUCCUCCAUGCCAGACCCUUCUAAGAUAGAGCCCACACAGAGCUAUGAUUCUUACAACUCAGCUCUGCUUCCCAUUGAUGUCCCCACCCCUCUGGAAGCCUUACCAGAAGAAGACAGACUGGAAACAGCUGAACGGGAGAUCUGUGAACAUAGCAUAGAAGUUGUAUUGACUCCAGAAAUGAUACGAGCAGAGUUCCCUAUGUUGAGUCCUAAGGAUGCCAAGAAGGAGAAAGAAGUGAAAGACCAGGCACAGUCAGCGGAGAAGUCAGGAGAGAAGGUACUGGAGGAGAUGAAGAAUCUGCAGGGCAAAGCUCUCAACACAUAUCUGAUUCUGCAGUAA